CGCACCGCGAAUCUCCCGAGAACAGUCGCUUCCACGGCCUCGGAGCGGGCGAGUUGUUGGUCCCUUUGGAAAAAAGCAAAACACGCUCUCUCGUUGCGGAGACGAGUGUAAUGGCCACCGUGGGCCUAGGAUAGCAGUGGAGGAGGUUCGGAUUCUUUGAUCGAAACGCUGGCAAUCGCAAAACGAUUCACCAACCGGUUAACAUCAGUGAAUUUGAUUCGCGUGUGUCGAACUGCCGCUCAUUCCUCUCGAUCGUGGCUUCUCUAUAUCCGGUGAAAGAGUGCGUGUACAUCAAGUAGUGCAUCAGUGUACUUAAAUGUGUGCCAGCCAUUGUCGAGGGUGCAUCGUAGUGCCGGUCAUCUAAUCCGUUGACUACACUGGAUAAUAUUGCUUGCUUCGUUUAGCCUAUUGGAUUCUACCCUUCUGACAAUCCACGCAGCAACGGUCCAAGGCGCGGAAUAAUUCGGAGCAACGACUUCCCUCGCUUCCUUCCACGAAAACGGCCUCCUAUUAUUAGGCUGCCGUUGAAUACCAGACGACCGCAAUAAGCAGGACCACCAGUCUUUUAAAAAAAAAAAAAAAAAAACAAGUGUCGGUGACCGCAGGAGUGUCGGAGGAGUGGCUAAAAGCGAGCAGGCGGUAAACGCAGCAGCACACGUUCCGCGGGGAAAUGAAUGGACGCGGUAACCGCAAGAGCACAUCCCAUCCAACAUCAACUCCGACUGAUUCUAAACAUUAAAUGUACCCCCAGGAAUUCAGGUUUCGGCCGAGGCUCUCGCGAAUCUGGGAUGGCUUCGAACAAUGAUGAUAUCGGAUUAAGUCUGGCUAACAAGCUCGCCGCCGACGUUCUAUCGUCCGUAAAAGUAGAUAGGUUUUAAAUCGAAUCUCGCUCGGCGCAAGGGGCAACGGGAACGCAACGGAACGCAACGGAACGCAACGGCGAACGACUCGACGGGCGAUAUAAUCCAAGGCUUAUUGAAUCCCGAUGAUAUAAUGGAAGUACACGAGGCGAAGCGGUAAUAGUUGUUCGCGGAGGCAACGAAAUAGAGAGAAGUCGAUAGAGGUCAGGUUGCAAUACGGCGUAUGCUGUCCUCUUAGCUGGAAGAGCAGCCCUCUCCUACUUUCCAGCACGCUUUUACGACAACUGUUUAUCGGCGAAUCGCCUGCGAAUCUGAUAAUUCGGUCUAGAGAAAGUGUCUUUUUUUUUGUUUUUUUUUUGAAAAUGUAGAUAGAAGUAGCGGAACGAAGAGUUGGAAGUAAACGGACCGUAAAGUGAACCGCUCCCAAAGAUCAGGCCAGUGAUAUAGUUACUAUCCGAAGGGAAAUGCAACAGACACCGUUGACAACGCGCAACCGACGGUGUAACAGCAAAUCCAGCAGGAACCUAGACUAACGCUAACACGCCUACAUUUAGGAAUGUAAUAUUUCGACUCGAAGAACGGCACAUCGCAGAGACUCUGAGGCUAGCCCGUGUAUAAUACCGAGGCAAGUCUCAAGAAGAGAACAUUAAAAGAGAGAGAGAGAUACAGGGAUUCGUUAGAGAACAGAUACAUACACACACGUCUUCACAAGUGUCCUUACGUUAAGUGCACUCGUCGUCGCGUGCUUGCGUGCCAGCUCUCGUUUCCUUCUUGGUUAUGGAAUGAACCGAUGCCUGGCUAACUUCUCCAGCUGUCCGUGCUUCAGGUUCUGCUAUCGAGCAUCAUCAUGACGCCGAUGGUGCCCCUAAUCCUGUCCACGCUAUUGCUCGCGAUCACCUGCAGCCUAUUCUGCUCGGCCAGCGGCGAUGGCGGACCGAACAGUCCGAUAUUCAACGUGGACAACACCGCGCUCGAGAAGAAUCUGGCCGCGAUAUUCAAUAAAGUCGCGCACAGCUCGGCGACGACGAAACGCAGCGUGCCUGCCUACGAUGCUCAAGUUUCGGCCAGUACAACCCUGUCGACGGUACCGUCGCCUUUGACGACCACGACCACGACCACGACGACGACCACCACCACCACCACCGCCACCCCUUCGAUACCAUCGGCGAGGUAUCCCCCUGUCCCCAGGGCGACCGUGUCGCCGGUUUUUCGCGAAUUACCUUCCUACGCUCCUCCGUCUCGCGCCCUCUUCACCCCUCCCCUCCCGCCCGAGUAUCUGCAUCCGUUCGCAAACAAACCAACGCUGCGGGGAACAAACUCGGAUGCUCAUUCCGGGCUGAAGAGACCGGUACCACCGCCCAGCGGUACGCCGGCUCACGAAAGGAUACCCAUCAGGCCGCCCGACCUGCAGGCACCUUCUCAAAUCCCCGAGAGGCACUCGCAUUCGAGGAACAAACCCUUGAACACCCCCAGCAAGGAACAGAAUAUCGUAGAAUCGAGCGAAUUAGAUAGAAGAAACAAUACCAACGAGUUUGUACCUACGCUCCACUACCCUAGUAUCUCGAGGAUACUGUCGGGCAGUAACGGCAGGAAGCAGGAUAUUCCGGAGAUACUUCUGAAGCCUUUAGCAACGAAAACUCCGCCGCAGAAUGCCCCGGUUGCCCCUACCACCGAAAAGAUGACCACAUUGUCGACGACGACCAGCAGGACGCCCAGCACGUUGGAUUCCUCAAAGUCCGUCACGCAGCCGACGAUCUUUAAUCUGCCGAAUACGAGGAGGCACGACGACGACGGUUAUCACGGGCUGAGGAACGAGAACGGCUUCAAAACUGAGAACAUAGAGAUCGUGGACACGGAGAGAUUACCGUAUCCGCAACCACAGCCACCGGCGCCCGCGCCGAAACGACCGGACGAAUCCGGUGACCAUAUCGUGCCGCAGGUCGACACGCAUCAUCCCCUCGAGUCCACUUGGAGGAUCGCUUGGUUCCUUCACGUAUACGUCGCGGCCAUCCUCUUCACUUUAAUGGCUCUAUACUCGAUCUACAAGAUCGUCCGUUUCAACGAGGCAACGAAUCUACUAACCCAGUCGUACUUCUUAACCGUUCAUCUCCUUCUCACCACCGUCUGCACCCUGAGGUGCUUUCAUCUAUUUUACGACGCUUACAAUCUAGGCCAUUCGCUGCCGGAACCUCUGUCCCGAGUACUGAUGUACCUACCGGCGCCAUUGUUGUCCACCGCGUUUGCCACCCUGGUGCUCUACCUCGCUCGUUGCUCCGAGGCGCCGUCGUUGAACAACAGGUUCCUCACCCCAGCCGCCCUUCUACUAUUCUCCACGGUCCACAUCGUACUUUGCGUCUCCCUUCACGUGUCCACGCACGUGCUCGGCUAUCAGGACGAAGCGAAGAUACUACCGCUGAUCUGUCAGUGCAUCUACAUCAUAGUCUGCGUCACCCUGGGCCUAGGUUACAUGUACGUCUAUCGAGUGGUACGCAGUCAGAUCCUGCUGACGAAUAACAAAACGGCCGGUGCGAAUCACAUAGUCGGCGCUGAUCCUACCACGAUGGCAUUGAGCACAGCCAUCACCACCAGCAUCGCUACCGCUCUUCUAUUCAUCCUGAUGGGUUUCGUUCAAUUGUACGGAAUCUUCGGCAACGUUCAGGAACAACCGCAAUCUUAUCCCUGGCUAUGGUGGGGCUGGCAAUUCUCGGUCAGGUUACUGGAACUCACCGUAUGCGGUCUUCUAGCCUGGGUAGCAAGUCUAUCGCAGUAUCCGUUGCGAGAGAAACAACUCCAACAACACCCGGUGCAUUCCGGAUUCGCUCUGUUCCCCUGUGGUAGCUCGACCUCCACCGAGAAUAUGGACGACGUGCUUUACCCCGCUAUCUGCAGCACCAACCAGGCGAUUCAGAAUUACACGAUGAGAACGGGCAAACAGGUUUACGACGAUAGCUUUCCGUUGAACACGCUACCCGAGCAUUUGAACAUAUCAGGUACUUUCGAGAGACAUUCCAUUCGCAAGUCAGGCACCAUGGGCCAUUUCCCGCACGAAGGUCGCGGCUCGUUAAACCGGCACGGUAAUGGAAUCCAAACUCUGAGAAGCUCCGAGAGUCGUGGUCGGCACACACCUGUGCAAGGUGUCCACGAGCAAACGGCGACCACCGGCUCGACGAUGCUGGUCGCCGAGGACGGUUUCGUCAGGUUCCGAAGUCUCGGCGCGGAGGACGACGAGUUGUCGGAUACACCGAGCGUGGUCGGCACUCACGGAAGAGGAAGUUCUCUGGCCGGAAGCGUAAGGUUCAACGCGAGACACCCAACGUUGCAGCAUCAGCAUCCUCAUCAGCAUCAGCAUCAACAUCAGCAUCAGCAUCAGCAUCAGCAUCAACACUCGUUGCAACAUCCGCACCAGAGUCAGCAUCAGGCUCAUCAUCAGUUGUACAUCAACACGUAAAAGUCUGCGUUGCUCGUACAACCAGGAUAGAAACUUCUUGUUCCGCGUUGAUACGAUACAAUGGGGAUCGUCAACGAAAUAUAGGAUGUUCCGGGCUAUCGCGACUCUAAUGGUCUAAACUUGGAGGAAAACUAAUUUUACCUUUAUUCUAUGUAAGAUACGUCCUGUGUAUAGAUACCUAACUUGCCAUUCGCAUUCUCCUGCUUCGCGUCUUAUGGUCCGAGCCGACGAACCUUUCGCCGUUCAUGGUAUCCGCAUAUUUAUUUAAGGUUCUCGAUCGUGACGAAGAGAAAGAGAAAAAGAGAGUGAUAGAAAGAAGGGAAAAGUAUACGGUGAACUCUGUACAGAGUUCUUUCUUCUACCUGUUACGUGGGUAGUUUCAGGGUAUCACGAAUGUUGACCUUACAUUAGGCACUUGGUACUUAUUAAGGUUCAUGUGAUUAAACGAACGUUGUAUCGUGACGAAACCUAUAGAGGCAAGCGCUUUCUUUUUCGUUUUUCUUUUCCUUUUCCUUUUUUUUUUUUUCGUUUAUCCUUCCUCGAGUAGCAGAAAUGUAAUCCCGUGGACAGAGGUGGUAGACGAGUAUAAUUUAUUUUUACCGGUACCAUUCACUUUCCUAGCCUGUCGUUUUCUCGCCGCACACGCGAAAGACACUCGACGGCAUUUUAGUGAAAACGAUACCUUAGAAUGAUUUCGCGGCACGGGAUGAUUUAUAUCCGAUCGUCUGUUACGAAUUGUCUUUUUUCUUUUUAAAAGCGUUGUACAAAUUGAAGGUACCCGAAUAGCGGCCGUUCGGAGGACACGCGUGUCCUUCCUCGAGAUCCUGCGCGCCACUUCAACCGAGCGUAACUAGAUCUGCGAUCGACGGCAAGUAUAUUUUAUAACGAAAAUAGAGAAAAACAAAAUGGGAAAUUUAUUCACAUGUGGUCCAAAAAACGAGGAAGAGUUCUUUCAGUAAUCUCGACGAAAAGAGUUCCGAGCGAGUUAGGAUAUAUAUAUAUAUAAAUAUAUGUAUACUGUUUCUGUUGUCGAGUCGAAAGGAAACGAAAAAAUAGAGAGAAAAGAGAGAAAUCGAAGAAGAUUGUGAAGAAGACUACUGGGCGUUGUACAGUCGAUAAUAAUUUAUAUCACUCAGUCCAAUUGUAAGAUUUAUUUAGGUGUUAAGGUUGCAUUAAGAAUUCCCUGUUCCGAUGUUGAGUUACGUCGAAUAAUAAGAUAGCCGGUAGAAGCUGUGCUGCGCUCGUACGGGACGGAUAUCAGCGAUUUCUGUUUAACAAAUUCAUUGUCGAGCGAGCAGCAGCACGAUGUAACGAUGUUUCCUCUCCGCGUCGGAGACACCCCCAUACACGAAGAAUUGAACCUUCGCGCACAGGCCAGCAUUAUUUCCAUUCCUCUCCUACCGCCUCUUUGCGUUUCUUUAUCUUUAUCUUUAUCACUUUUCACAUCCUCCUCCUCGUCCUCCUCAUCGUGUCGUCGUUUCAAUUAUCCCGAUGAUCGAGUUAUUUCGCUGAACCUAAAGGUACAAAACGGUACUUUCUACCUUCUUCACUUCGUAAUAUCGGUAUAGAUUUAAGCGAUCACAGCGCAAUGUGUAUGUUUAUAUGGACAUUGUAAAUAAGGUAUACGGGCUCGUCGUGAGUAGACAUUAAAUUCAUUGCGAAAUAGAAUUCGUACGUUCAACCCGGCACGUACCAGAAUUCACGCGUAACAAACAGACAUAAAGCACUACAUUCUCAUCGACACAUACGUAACAUUCAUCAUCAACAAUCAUUAAAGGAAAAAAAACAAAAACCAGACAGACAGACACGCGCACCGACGUGCAUACACGCAACUUUCUACCCCUCUCAUCGUUCUCAGUUGUUGUAAAUGCAAAACACUCAUUUUUAAUUUAUGUCGAAAGCUGUAUUUAUUAUGUGAAACAUUCCACGGCAAAAAGAAAAGGGUAUUCAGUGUGAAUGCGAAUCGAUUUUGUGGGAUUUUAUUGCAAUUUUAGAUUAAAAACGUAGCGCUGAAAAGAAAAAAAAAAAACCGAGGAACAAA